AUGGCGAUACUCGACAUGUUCAAGAAGCUGCCUUCGGUGCCAUACCCAGCUCCGAAGACUGGAUACUGGCUUCCAGUCACCUCCACUUUGAACUGGUGCGAAGAGGCGAGAUCCCAAUCCACCGACUACUAUGCUACCCCAUACUCGGCUGAGAUCGUCAACACCCUGACCAACCUGCUCUUUAUAUAUCUCGCUAUACUUGGCGUUCGGAGCUGUCUGAGAAACGGCCACGAUACCAUAUUCUUAGUGACCUUCUGUGGCUAUUUCCUUGUGGGCAGCGGGAGCUUUGCCUUCCACGCGACGCUCAAAUACCCAAUGCAGCUCGUCGAUGAACUCUCCAUGAUAUACACGACAUGCCUCAUGUUUUGGGCCUGCUUCGGCCACGGACACAGCCGACGCUUCCAGGUGCUGCUUGGAAUAGCCCUGUUCGCCCUCGCGGCUUUCAUCACCCUCUACUACCACUAUCUGCAAGACCCAGACUUUCACCAGAACGCAUACGCCAUCCUGACCGCCAUCGUCCUCAUUCGUAGCAUGUUCGUCAUGGAGCAAGCCCUCCGCCCUUCCUCCGCAAAGCGCAAACGAGACCUCGCAGACAUAGAAUCAAAAAUGGGAAAGCUGAGCCACGAGCCGACCGCAGAGCUACAGCGGAGGGAUGUAAGGGACAGGGAUAUUCUGAUCCGAAUGUGGGCCAUGGUUGGAUACGGCCUCUUCAUCUUCCUCUUGGGCUUUGCGAUCUGGAACCUGGACAACGAGUUCUGCUCGACAAUACGCAGCUGGAGGCAUGAGAUUGGUCUUCCCUGGGGCAUCCUGCUCGAGGGCCACGGCUGGUGGCAUCUGAUGACUGGCACGGGCGCAUACUUUUACAUUACAUGGGGCGUCUGGCUGAGACAUUGCCUGAACGGCAAGCAGGACGAGUACGAGAUGCACUGGCCCCGCCUGAUUACAAGCCUGCCAUUCGUCGAGCGAAUACCGCGGAGAGUGCAGGCCGGAAACGGAGCAUCGAAGAAGACGAUAUGAAUGAUAGACCUAGCACUUGCAAUUGGCACAUGCUUGGAUAUUUAUACACACAUUAAAAGAGAUUUGGGCAUAUACUGGGGCAAGGGUUGUAGCAUUAUACCACGCCAGUCUAGACACACUACUUGAUGUAGCCGCAGCAGCAGCAGCAGCAGC